AUGGAUCCCAUGGAAUCGUCUGGAGAAGAGAACUUUGAGGAAGAGAGUCACAAGCUGGUUGAUUCAUUGGACAAGCUUCGUGUUGAUGCGAGCUCAUCCUCCAAUUUCAAGAAGAAGCCUAUCAUUAUCAUUGUUGUUGGAAUGGCAGGCAGCGGAAAAACCAGUUUCCUUAAUCGUUUGAUCUGCCAUACUUUUGAUUCAAAGAGCCGUGGGUAUGUCUUGAACCUUGACCCUGCUGUUAUGUCUCUGCCGUUUGGUGCCAACAUCGAUAUAAGAGACACAGUCAAGUACAAGGAAGUCAUGAAGCAGUAUAAUUUGGGGCCUAACGGUGGAAUCCUCACUUCACUCAACUUGUUUGCUACUAAAUUCGACGAGGUUGUCUCUGUGAUUGAGAAACGUGCAGACCAGCUUGAUUAUGUCCUUGUGGAUACUCCUGGUCAGAUUGAAAUCUUUACGUGGUCUGCUUCUGGAGCUAUAAUCACUGAAGCUUUCGCUUCAACCUUCCCCACUAUCGUCACUUAUGUGGUUGAUACUCCACGUUCCACAAGCCCAAUCACUUUCAUGAGCAACAUGCUCUACGCAUGUAGUAUUCUCUACAAGACCAGGUUGCCUCUUGUCUUGGCUUUCAACAAAACCGAUGUGGCAGAUCACAAGUUUGCUUUAGAGUGGAUGGACGAUUUCGAGGUUUUUCAAGCAGCGUUACAGUCUGAUAACACGUACACGGCGACCUUAGCUAACAGUCUCUCCCUUGCACUCUUCGAGUUCUACCGCAAUAUAAGAUCUGUCGGUGUUUCUGCAAUCUCUGGUGCCGGAAUGGAUGACUUCUUUAAAGCCAUUGAAGCAAGUGCUGAGGAAUACAUGGAAACUUACAAGGCUGAUCUUGACAAGAGAAAGGCGGAGAAGGAGCAGUUUGAAGAAGAGCGAAGGGGAAAGGAAAUGGAGAAACUAAGAAAGGACAUGGAGAAUAUUGUAUGCAAUUUGCGUACAUUGUAA